AUGGGUGGAAAGGUUUGGUCUGUCAAUGAGGAACGUGUUUUCUGGCGUAUCAUUGUGCCGCAGUCUCAGAAGCGUGUCGCUACUGGCCCUGCGCAUACCAAGACUUGGGAGGAACUCGCCCCACUGAUGCAGUCCUUGAUGGGCGUCAAUGCCAAACGCACCUACACCCACCUCGGUCUAUUCGAGCAUUUUUUCCAGAACAUCGACAAGGCCCGCGUCUCGCCUAACGCUGGCGUUUUUGUGCGCGAAUACCAACAGGCUGUUAAUAGAAUCCUGAAGGCCACGGAGGAAGAGAGGGCCGACAGGGCUAAGAUAGACGGCCAAGGCGAUGACGCGGCGUCUAUAGUCAAUGUGUACCAAGAAGACGACAGCCAAGAUGGAACCAGCCUCAGCUGUCGCCCUAGCGGGGUGACUGAUAGCGUACACCAGUGCGCAGACGACUUUGAGGAUGAGGAGGAUGACAAGGAGAACCGGCCGCUCGAUGAGUCCCCAGGCGAGCGUGUCCGUUACCGAGCUCCGCCCCUCUACGGUUCUGUCCCCGAGGCUGACAUGGGUCUUGACAAUGAGUAUGAUCAAGGCAUACCGGUCAAGGCACCUCCGCCCGUCGAGCGUUUGAUUCUCGAGGAAAUCCGACAGCCUCACGAUCGGGGUCUCCCCGCCAAUAUGAACUCGUACAAUGAGGUAUCUGAAAUGCAGAUUCGGUCGCCCACCGAGUACUCGCCUUACGGGAGAGCUCCCUCGAGGGCUCUUGAGCACCGAAACAACCACCGGGUCCACCCGUACGCAGUUGUCAGACCUCAGCAACAUGGCCGAAACCCAAAGAAGGGUCAUGGCCGUGUUCAUUCUCAGGCUCUCCAGGGAAACAAUGCCUACUGCGCAGCACCGGACUCCCACCAUUCCUCUCCUGGUUACUAUACCCCAAUUGGGUUUGGCCGCCAUGUCCCUCCGAUGGCGUACUACGACUACGGGUACCAUGACCAAAACUUCCAUCCAUACCCUGAGUAUCACGAUAAUACGCAGCACGCUCCAAGCCAUCCAAUGGUCUUCUGCGAUCAUACUCCUGGCCAUUUUCACGGCUCAUACGGCUAUGAGCCUUGUCAUCCAACACUUCAUGGAUUUGGCGACUCCCAGGAUUGGCAGUCUCCUGGCCGCAACUCUUCUGCCAUGGAAGCCAACUAUGAAAUCUCCGAUAGUCUUGAUUUCUCGUGGACCAGCUACAACGGUCGCAGUUAUGGCUUGAUAGAGGGCGACUAUCCAAGCCCCAAGAGUCGCUCUUCCACUGUCCACGAUUACGACUAUUUUACCCCAGGGAACAUUCAGCGCCCUGCGUCUUCUGCGUCUGAUAGUGUACCUCAAGCUCGUUACCGGGGCAGGCACAGCGGCAGCUACACGGAGAGCCCCCAGGUGCCAGCGGCGGAGCCGAAGAAACAAUUGGUGGCUACGCGCGACAAAGAGUUUGAGCCUCGCAAGACCUCCGACUGGCGCCAGGCGUAG